AACUCCUAUUUUAUGGACAUAAAGGAAUCAUUUGUGUGUAUAAAAAUUAGUUGCACAAAUGUCCGAAAACUUCAGCUGCUUUAUGUAUCUUUGAUAUUGCCUGGUUUCGUAACUGGCAAUAACAAAAUGGUCUCAAUCUAUCGUAUCGCUUUCCCAUUCUAUAAAACCGGCUGCGUUGAGCUGUUUAAACGGAGUCUUUUUGCCAAACAAAAUGGAUUAUCGCGCUUGGCAGUGGCCGCUAUUUCUCACUCUGUGGAGCCUUGCUCAAGGCAAGCGACCCUUUACAAUAGAGCUGCACAACUUUACCUGUGUUAUUGUUGAUCCCACAAUUGGGAAAGAACUAACCUGUAUCCUGCACCGUAAGCGCGUUGCUCCCGCCGUAUCUGUUUUUUUCAGUCUAUACGAAACCCAGAAUGAGUUCAGCAUAGUCUUUCAAAUGGAUCUGCUCAAAAAGGAUAAUAGCAAACUAAACCUAGCGAACAAUAAACUCGAUGGCUGCAAGUUUCUGGGCUCCAUCUACGGCAACAAUAUUUACGGAAAGUUCUUUAAACGUAUUCAAAGUGUUAGCAAUUUACCCAAAAAAUGUCCACUUCGCGGCAAGAAGCUCUAUGCAAUACGCAACUAUACGAUACUUGCCGAUGAACUGCCACCAAAUUUGCCCGAAUUGACAUAUCUGCUACGACUGAAAAUAAUAAAAGCUGAUGAUGUUGUUGCCGAUGUCCUUGUUGUCGGCAAAAUCAUCCAUUGA